AUGGUUGAAUUACGAAAAAUUUUGUUAGUGGGUUUAGGUAACUUUACUCACCCACAAACAAGACAUAGUAUAGGAAUGUUAUUAUUGGAUUAUAUAGCAUCACAAUUAAAUUUAACCUGGAAUAAAAAUAAAAAUUGGCCAGCUGAAGUUGCUAGUUCAGUGAUAUAUGUUGAUCCUCCACCAAUAAUUAAAUCACCAAAGGUUAAACAUGAAAAAACUAGAGUAAUAAAGGAUAAUAAUAAAAUAAAUAAAGAUAUUAUUAUUGAGAAUUCUAAAGAAAAAGAGAAUAAAGAAGAUAGAACCAAUGAGAUGAUGACAAUGAAAAAUGAUAACAAACAGAAUCUUCCUCCUCCUCCUUCUAAAAAGAUAUUAAAACCAAAACCUGAACCAAUUCCUUUACAAAUAACAUUAAUGAAACCUUUAUUAUUAAUGAACAUAAGUGGUAAAUCCGUAUCUAAAGCAGUCAAAGAACUUGGGUUAUCAAAUUCAGAUAUUAUUGUGAUUCAUGAUGACUUACAACGUGAACCUGGAAAAAUAAGUUUAAAGAGUGGAGGUAGUGCAAAUGGACACAAUGGAGUUAAAUCUAUAAUAGAUUUAUUAAAUACUAAAUCAUUUCGGAGAUUAAGGGUUGGUGUUGGUAGACCACCUGGAGCGAUUGAUGAUCGAUCAACUGAAAUUAUAUCAAAGUGGGUUUUGGCUCGUAUAUCUAAAAAUGAACUGGAAUUAUAUAAUAAUGAAAUAUUUCCGAAUUCAACAAAACAAAAAAAUUUCAAUAUGAACUUACAAAAAAUUGAUGAAGAUAGAAGAAAAGAAUGGAAAAUUGUUUAUGAAAAUUCGAUGCAUCCAGUAAAUGUAUUUUCGAAACAUCUGGAAGAUGAAUUGAAAAAUGAGUUAAUUGAUCGAAUCGACAGAAUUUGUCCAGUAUUUAAAUAUCUUAUAGAUUUUGAAUGGGAAGUUAAAAAAAGUGGCAGAAAUGCUAGAGUUAAUAGACAUGAUGAUAAACAUAAGGUUAAAGAGCAAGCUAAAAGAUAUAAAAAAUAUGCUACUGAAAGAUUUGGUAUAGAAGUUAAAGUAAUUGGAGCUACAUACACCAAUGAAGAUUAUCGAAUUUAUUUCCUUGAUAAUGAUGAUAAAAAAAUCGCUGAACUUGUUGCGAAUGGUAAGAAAGAUUCAAUCUUUUAA